AUGUUCAGGAAGAUUAACGCUGUGUUCCGCCCCAAUCAUGGCCAGCGGCAUCAGGACGGCCACAAAGCCCGCGACGACUACCAUAGCGCGUGCACCGUCAAGCUGGUGCGCAGCACGUCCAUGCUGGUGGUGGGUGAGACUCGCAGCAGGCGCACGCAGGAACCAGACACCACGCUGAAACGCAGCAAAAGUUCGGUUAACCUCGAGUCCACCACCGCAUUGUACUACUACCAGUCCCGCGAGGACCAGAUAUGGCUCUACUCGCAAAACCAGAACUGUUUACAGUACCUUCAGGAACUAGUCGCGUUGAGGCGUCAGUACACCCGGAGCGUAAUUAACCUUCAGAACGCGGAGCGGAGGAACUCACUGGUGUCGCCCAAGAAAAAGCCCGCCCCACAACCACCACGGACCAAAGCCACUCAGAGCACGAGACCUGAGCCCACGGCUCCUCCGAUCCCCAACGAGGAGGACACGCUCCAGUUCCUCGACUCCGUCAUCGCGAGCUGUGACCUGGAGCCCACGCGCAAGCCCAACGUGGACGACGGAAACGCUGACGUAGAUUUCAUCGGUAGGCCAGUGUGUCUUAGACUUACUGUACUUGUUCAAACGUUCUCUUCCUCUCCUCCAGUGGCCACCAGCACCAGUGGGCAUGAUCUCCACUCUAACUGGGUUCUGCGAGACCCGCGCCGGUUCUCCAUGGACGAGUCCCGACUGCGGCGCCCCCCCGAGUCCAGACUGGACCCUGGACCGGACCCUGCUGGCCGACGCAAGGGCCAGAGUGGAAAGGGCCAGAGUGGCACGGGGCAGAGUGGCACGGCCAGCGGGCGCAGACUCCAGCGCCACCCCAUACACCUACCCAAGGUGGUGGAGAGCGCCUUCCAGACGCUCCGCUUCAAACCCAAACUCAACAAGAAGGACUGAGUGUGGCAGGGUCUGGAUCUAUGACAACCAU